AUGGCAUCGAGCAAAAAACAAAUCACCAAGCAGAGACGCAAUUCAACCGCAUCUACUAAUACUUUAUGGGAUAAAUUACCUGAAGUAAACUCUGUUUCCGUUGAUAUCGCAAAUGACAAUGAUUUUCUUGAUGAAAAUGAUCUCACAGAGAAUGACAUUGAAGACGAACUUGAAGCUGAAAAUCAUGUUACUAAUUCACGAAAACCUUUACACAAAGGUUUUGCAUCAAGCUCAAAUCUUGAAAAUAUACAACAAAAUACUCCGUUAUGGGCUUUAAAAGAAUAUGAUCAAGUUAAAUUGAUCGUUGACAAGACGCAUGCCGAAGAUGUUAAAACCGAGCUUCAAAGACGUUUAUCCAAGAAAGGUAUUCGAUGGAUGACAAAUGAUGACGAGCGGACUCGUUCAUGGUAUUUUGGUCUAUCAUUCGUACUCUUACAAUUGGAACGUGCGCAUCCGAUGGAUAUAAUGAGACUCACUUCUAUUCGAUCUUUUCCUUUCUGGCUUAGAUUUAAAAAUAAAAUACAGCAACAACGACGUAUCAAAUCAAAUUCUGAAUACAUUAAACCGAUUCGAUAUGGAUAUUCGCCACCUUAUCGUGUUUCUCUUCGUUAUGGUGCACUGACUAAAAUCAAUGAAUUUCGUUAUUCAAUUGAACAUGCAUGGUCAAACCAACCGAAAACUAGAUGGUCACUUUUCGUAAAAAAUGAUUAUUAUGGUGGAUGCAUCGAAUGGGUUAUGGAAGAACCUAAAGAACGAAAAAAGAAACAAUUAUUAGCCAUUAAUGUUGAUCGUACCAUUAUUAUGCAUUUGUUGCCAGAUGGAUUUGUAAUGUACAUUUGUCAGACAUGUAAUAUGAAUGAAUUUAGUGCAAAAGAAAAACUCAUCAAUGUUGCCAGACGACAGAAUCCUUCGCACAGUUUUCCUCGUCGUCCAGGCCCAAUACGUCCAUCAUUUGGAGAUGGUCGAUUACCACGAAGACCUUCUUACGAAAAAGAUAAACGUUCGAGCAUACGUAAUGGAAUCUAUUUUCCAACUGUUCAAUUUGAGCUUCGCAUCGAUUCAGAUCAUUUAACCAAUGAAAAAGCUCAAAAUACAGUUCGACAAACAUAUACAUUGCUGACAAAAUUUUUCAGUUCACAUAAUAUUACUAUUUGUCAUGGUACGAUUGACUCACAUCCAGGUCCACAAAUCAAUUCAUUUCCCAUUCUAAAAUUACCAACUCUUAUCAUGAAAUAUUCAUGGGAAAUGCUUGUGAAUAUUGGCUAUCGUUUACUAGUUCAAAUCGACCAAAAAUUUCGUGAUGAUCUAGAUCAAUUGAGUAAAGAGGAACGAAAUGCUGAUGAUCUAUUUUAUCGCGUUUGUGUUUAUCUUUCACGUCUGUUUACACUUGAACCUUUCGUUAAUUUAUCGGAAAAAUUACAUGAUGCUGUAAUUGAAUCAAAACGUAAACGAGCAGAUGCUACUUUUGGAUUGAUCAAUAGUUUAGAUUUAAAAGAAAAUACAGAAACCUAUGUACCAUCAGUAACAUUAACACCAACAACAAUUCGAAUAAAACCAUUCAAAUUAUGUCGAACGAAUCGAGUUCUUCGAGCUGAACAAGAAUUUGGCAAAGCAUUGGAACAUUUUGCUCUUGUCGAGAUUCGUGAUGAAAAUGGUCAACCAUUACAAGGGUUUCAUUUUCGAGACUUACAUCAUCUUUUUCUUGACUAUUUGGAAAAUGGUUUUACUCUAAUGGGCAGUAAUCGAUAUUAUCGAUAUUUACAUCAUUCACAAUCACAAUUACGUGUCAGUCAAUUUUGGUUUUAUCAUCAUGAAUCAGGUUUAAAUCGAUCAUUUGACGAAGCUUAUAAAUGGAUGGGCACAUUUGACAAAGAACGAAACGCAGCAAAAUAUGCUUCUCGUGUAGCUUUGUGCUUUUCAACAACUACUCCAACUAUUAAUAUAGAGAAGAAAAAUGUUCAAUACAUCGACGACAUCAAAACAAAAGAUGGAAAACUGACAUUCACAGAUGGAUGUGGUACUAUGUCAAAACAAUUACGAGAUGAUAUUCAAAAACAACUUGGCAAGCGAUCCUUCAGUGCCGUUCAGUUUCGAUAUGCUGGUGCUAAAGGUGUUGUCAGUGUCGAUAAACGACUGGGAAGUGGUCAUCACCUAUGUAUUCGUCCCAGUAUGAACAAAUUCGAGAGUAAACAUUGUUGUUUUGAAGUAUGUAAAAUUUCUGCACCACGACCACUCUAUCUCAAUCGACAAGCCAUCCUUCUUCUAUCCCAUCGGCGCAUAUCUGAUGCUGCCUUUCUUAUUCUUCAACAACGUAAUCAUUUGACUCUUAUUCAAGCUUUAUUAAGAAAUAAUGAUGCUAGAAAUUUACUUGAGGAAAAAUUACCAUACUGGUUUUUACCCGAUGGUGCAAAGAUUGAUUUUGUUCGUGAACCAUUUUUUCGACAAUUACUGAUAGCUGCAUGUCUUAUUUCAAUACGAGAACUACUUCGACGAACACGUAUUCGUGUUUCACCCAAUAAAGCUCGCAAUAUGUUCGGUAUUAUAGAUGAGUACAAUGUGUUAAAACCAGAUGAAGUUUUUAUUCAAUACACUCGACGUAAUGAUCAUGAAGAUAAAGAUGACAGUGACAAACGUCAAAAAACACGAAUUCUUAGCAACUGUAAGGUUGUUGUCACAAAAAAUCCUUGUCAUCAUCCGGGCGAUAUACGAACAUUUACUGCUGUCAAUCGUGAAGAGUUAAAACAUCUCAAAGAUGUUAUUGUCUUUUCUCAACAAGGUGAUCGUCCAGCAUCCCAUCAAAUUAGUGGAUCUGAUCUCGACGGUGAUGAAUAUGCAGUAAUAUGGCAUGAAGAUCUUGUUCCACUUCAAACCCCGAAUGCCAUACCUUUUGACUAUGAUUCACAGAAAGCAUCGCCAGAACUUAAUCGGCCUGUGGAGCGAAAUGAUAUAAAUGAUGUUAUACUAAAAAUAGCUGAAAGUGAUUAUUUAGGACGAUUGUCUAAUUUACAUUUGGCAUAUGCCGAUCGUUACGGAGUCGACAGUAACGAACGACCAAACAAAGAUGUUUUAUCAACAAUUGAACUAGCUGGAGCAAUUAGUCUCGAAGUCGAUAGUGGAAAAACUGGACAACAUCCAUUAGAUGAUAAUCAGAUACUACAACAAAAAAACGCAUUAGGAGAUGAACGACCAGAUUUUAUGGAAAAUACCAACAUGAAAUCGUAUCAAUCGAAAAAAGUACUUGGAAAACUCUAUCGUUCAUCACGUCGAACGUUGCCUGGAUGGAAUAGACUUCUUCGACGACAUCGUCAUUUACGUCAUUUACAAGUUCGAACUCCUGAAGAUGAUGAAAUAAAUGAUGAAGAAGAACAAGAAGUAAAUGCUGAUGAUAUUCAAAAAAACAUAAUUACAUUAGAUUCAUCUCUGCUUAAAACAACUUCGUCCAGACAAGAUCAAGAACUAUCAGCAAUCGCAUCUCAACUAUUUUAUGUAUAUCGGCAAGAAAUGCUUGAAAUUCUAAAUUUAUAUGGACUUUCACAUGAAAGUGAUUUAUGGUGUCGAAAAUCAACGAAUACUACUGGUGGAGAACUUGAAGAUACAGCUUAUACUCAACUUGAACAACUCGUUGCACGUACACGUGAUGCUUUCUUCUUACGUUUAGUAUCUUUCUGUCCAGACCCUGGAAAUACCUGUAAUGGAAAUACAGCUUUCGAAGACUUAGGUCCAGGAUGCCAAAAAAUGCACAAUGCCGUAGCCGCUGCAUUGUAUCGAGAAUGUUACAGUGGACAAAAUGAAUCAGAACGAGCACCAAUUCUAAGUUUACCAUGGUUAUUUACUACAGCACUUCUACAGACACGUCAAAGAGAAUUACCAUCAAAGCAAGGUUCACUUAGUAUGGCAAUGGAGGCUGCACUAAGCGAUCUGAUUCAUAACCGUUUAUUACAAUUAGAAGGACUCACACUGACAUUUUGCACAUCGAACAAUCGUCGAGUCAAAACAAACGUGCAUUGGACUGUUUGUGUUUUUGUUGAAAUUCUACACUAUUGUAUCGAACCAAAAUCUUUUGUUUCAUGGCCGAAGAUACUCAGUCGUUUUAUAUGUAAAAGAUGUUCCGGGCAACAGACUAAUCCUAUGGAUGAAUGGUCAUUGGUCUUCGACGCCAUAGAACAGGACGAUAUCUAUGCCGUCACGCUUAGAUCGCUCGAAUGGACUGAGGAUGACGAUGAAUUAAUGCAUUCCUAUUUUGUUGAAUUGCUCGAAAUUUGCUUUGAUCUUGGUCAGACUAUGGCCGAUGAUAACAAUGAGUAUCUUCGAAUGAGUGAAGAAAUUAUUCUCAUACUCCAACGAGUGGCGCUCGACGAAACACUAUUACCAGAAAAUUGGAGAUAA